AUGCAGAGGAACAGUGGCUCAUGCAAAAGCUUAGUCAUGACUAAGGCCAUUGAUGGAGAUUCCAACACCAACAUUAAGAAGAACACUGAAGAUGAUGAAGUCUGUAUGAAUGUGUACCCAUGGCCUCCGAGGUGUUACAUUUGUGGCUUCUGCAAGAGAGAAUUCAAAUCUGCUCAAGCUCUGGGUGGCCAUAUGAAUGUUCACAGGAAAGACCGUGCCAAGCUCAGAAGCUCACCCCCAGCUGAUUGGAUUGGUCAGUACACUCACAGUACUAUACUUAAUCUCAACCUUAAACCUAACCCUAACCCUACUUUCGUACCCUCACCACCACCAUCACCACCAUCUCCCUUUUCUACUGCUUCAACUAGGCAGCAGCUCUCACCAUUAACUACUAGCUUUAGCUCAGUACCUUCUUGGAUAUCUCAAUCCUCUCAUCCUCCUCCCACAUUUUCAUCGCCAUCUGCUACUUGCCAUACUGAAAACAUGAAAUGGCUUGUGGGUGGUAACCUUUCCGGUCCUUCUUUAAAUCUCAAGAGUUUCGAUUUAAGCAGUCAGAUGAAGAUUAAUGCAGAGUCUCAAGAAGAUGGGUGCAUGAGGUUGGACUUGGAGAUCGGUGUUCUUGGCGGUAACUCAGAGGAUGAAAUCGAUUUGGAGCUUCGAUUAGGCUACUGA